UCCCUCUUCCAUUACCCCGCCCCAUUCUCUCGCUUUCCAUCACCCCGCCCCAUUCUCCCGCUUUCCAUCACCCGUCCCAUUCUCCCUCUUUCCAUCACCCCGCCCCAUUCUCCGCUUUCCAUCACCCGCCCCAUUCUCCCUCUUUCCAUCACCCCGCUCCAUUCUCCUGCUUUCCAUCACCCCGCCCCAUUCUCCCGCUUUCCAUCCCCGCCCCAUUCUCCCGCUUUCCAUCACCCGCCCCAUUCUCCCGCUUUCCAUCACCCCGCCCCAUUCUCCCUCUUUCCAUCACCCCGCCCCAUUCUCCCUCUUUCCAUCACCCCUCCCUGUUCUCCCGCUUUCCAUCACCCCGCCCUAUUCUCCGUCUUUCCAUCACCCCGCCCCAGUCUCCCACUUUCAAUCACCCCGCCCCAUUCUCCCGCUUUCCAUCACCCCGCCCCAUUCUCCCCCUUUCCAUCACCCCGCCCCAUUCUCCCACUUUCCAUCACCCCGCCCCAUUCUCCCGAUUUCCAUCACCCCUCCCCAUUGUCCCACUUUCCAUCACCCCGCCCCAUUCUCCCUCUUUGCAUCAGCCCGCCCCAUUCUCCCUCUUUCCAUCACCCCGCCCCAUUCUCCCGCUUUCCAUCACCCCGCCCCAUUCUCCCGCUUUCCAUCACCCCGCCCCAUUCUCCCGCUUUCCAUCACCCCGCUCCAUUCUACCGCUUUCCAUCACCCCGCCCAAUUCUCCCUCUUCCCAUUACCCCUCCCCAUUCUCCCUCUUUCCAUCACCCCGCCCCAUUCUCCGGCUUUCCAUCACCCCGCCCCAUUCUCCCGCUUUCCAUCACCCCGCCCCAUUCUCCCUCUUUCCAUCACCCCGCCCCAUUCACCCUCUUUCCAUCACUCCGCCCCAUUCUCCCGCCUUCCAUCACCCCGCCCCAUUCUCCCUCUUUCCAUCACCCCGCUCCAUUCUCCCGCUUUCCAUCACCCCGCCCCAUUCUUCCGCUUUCCAUCACCCCGCUCCAUUCUCCCGCUUUCCAUCACCCCGCCCCAUUCUCCCGCUUUCCAUUUCCCCGCCCCAUUCUCCCUCUUUCCAUCACCCCGCCCCGUUCUCCCGCUUUCCAUCACCACGCCCCAUUCUCCCUCUUUCCAUCACCUCGCCCCAUUCUCCCUCCUUCCAUCACCCCGUCCCAUUCUCCCGCUUUCCAUCACCCCGCUCCAUUCUCCCGCUUUCCAUCACCCCUGGACUAG